AUGCAGGCUAUAAGGGAGACUGUGGUGCACACGAGGAUAAGUCAUCUGCAACUCUGGCUGGAGAUCUUAAUCGUUCUCUCAACAUGGCCUGUCCCUGGGCAUGCUCAACACAUCAACCUCCCAGAAGUCAUGAUACCCUUAAGGGUCAGAGGCAACAGAACAAUGCUGGCUAUGGGAUGGCUGACCUAUAGCCUGCACGUUGAGGGCCAGAGACAUUAUAUCUACAUGAAAGCUAAGAAGUUUUCAAUGUCUAGACACCUCUCUGUAUUCACCUACACGGAACAAGGUGCUCUACACCAGGACCAGCCCUUUGUCCAGAACAAUUGCUACUACCAUGGCUAUGUGGAUGGAGAUGCAGAAUCCAUAGUGGCGCUUACCACCUGUUUGGGGGGCUUUCAUGGAAUAUUAUAGAUAAAUGGGACAGUAUAUGAAGUCAAGCCCAAGAACCUUUCAUCUACAUUCGAACAUUUGGUUUACAAGAUGGGCAGCGAGGAGACACAACUACGCCCUAUGAGAUGUGCAUUAACAGAAGAAGAGAUAGCAAGGCAAAUGAAGCUUCAAGAGCAUGAUAACCCCACGCUGAUGCAAAGCAGCUAUGAGGGCUGGUGGACCCACAAGCGAUUUCUUGACCUGGCAUUGGUUGUAGACCAUGAGCGAAUUCUUUAUCUGAACGGCAAUCUGUCACGUGUGUUACUGGAAUUAUUGAUCAUUGUUGAAAAAAUAAAUUUGAUUUAUCUUCCACUAGAUGUUGAGGUGGUUUUACUUGGAAUUGAGAUGUGGAAUGAAGGAAACCAGGUCACUGGGUCUAACAUAGCUAGUCUCCUGGACGAAUUUUGUUCUUGGAAACAUGUCAGCCUUAAUAAUCGUAUUCAAAAUGAUAUUGCACAUCUUUUUGCGUUUUGUGAUUUUUACAUGUAUCUUGGUUUAGCCUACGUUGGAACUGUUUGUGAGCCAGUUAGAAACUGCACAGAAUGCGGUCCAGGGCAUGUGUGCAUUAAUAGGAAGUGUGUCAGUAAAUUAAUUGGGGUAAGUGAUUGUUCACCAGAGACCUGCAAUCUGAAAGGGGUCUGCAAUAAUUUACACCAUUGCCACUGCAACUUGGGGUGGGACCCACCAUUUUGCCUUUCACGUGGCUAUGGAGGGAGUGUUGACAGUGGUCCUCUGCCCAAGAAAAUGGAACAAGAGAAGCAGGAGAAAAAUAUAAUGGCACUGAUUAGUGUGAUUCUUAUUGCUAUUUUUACUGUCUUUGCACUAAAAUUGCUUUUGUGUGGGCCUGUAAUAUCUCCUAGCAGGGGUGAAUCUAGUGCUUCUGUUUCAGUUGACAACACUUGA